GGGCUUUUAUUUUUACGGUACACUUGCCUGCUUUCCUAUUUCACCCCACCUGGCUGCGUGUAACUUGACACAGCUCUGACUCUCAGCCCUACAAAUACAAGUCUCUGUGUUUUGGCUGGCAGGCUACGGAAGACAACUGAACACCAGCAGUACCGAAUGAAACAUUUACCUCCAGAUGCAACAAACCGAACAGUAUUCCAACUUUAUUCUCACUGCUCUUGCUCUCCGAUGGCGUAGAAAGAGUCUGACAGUCUCAGCAGAGUAGACAGCGGAGGAAAAAAGGCGGAAUAACGGACACGUUUCUUCGGGUGAAAUGUAUGGUUAUGAUUUCUGUCUUUUGAGAAGGGUGUCCAACACAGAGCUGUAGUUUCUCUUCAAGAGGCGAGGAAUGCAAUCUGAGCAUCAAUGUUUCACUGGGGCAAGUGGAAGAAGAGGAUGGGAGCCAAUAGUUCUUCAAAGAGACCAGUGUUUGACGAGAAGGAGGAUGUAAACUUUGACCACUUCCAGAUAUUACGGGCCAUUGGGAAAGGGAGCUUCGGAAAGGUAUGCAUCGUGCAAAAACGGGACACGGAGAAGAUGUACGCCAUGAAGUACAUGAACAAACAGCAGUGCAUAGAGAGAGAUGAGGUCCGAAACGUCUUUAGAGAGCUUGAGAUCCUUCAGGAAAUUGAACAUGUUUUUUUAGUAAAUCUCUGGUACUCCUUCCAGGAUGAGGAGGACAUGUUUAUGGUGGUGGACCUCCUGUUGGGAGGAGACCUGCGUUACCACCUGCAGCAGAGCGUCCAGUUCAGUGAGGACGCCGUCAAACUCUACCUCUGUGAGAUGACGCUGGCACUCGACUACCUGCAGAAUCAGCACAUCAUUCACAGAGAUGUCAAGCCAGACAACAUCCUGUUGGAUGAGCAAGGUCACGUUCACCUGACGGACUUCAACAUAGCAACAAUAAUAAAGGACGGAGAGAGAGCCACAGCUUUAGCCGGCACAAAGCCCUACAUGGCCCCAGAGAUCUUCCAGUCAUUUGUAAGUGGAGGGACAGGAUAUGCCUUUGACGUGGACUGGUGGUCAUUAGUUACGGCCUUCGAGGUGUUGCGUGGCUGGAGGCCCUAUGACAUCCAUGCUAGUAACUCUGUGGAGUCUCUGAUCCAGCUCUUCAGUACGGUCAGCGUCCAGUACAGCCCGGCCUGGCCCAAGGAUCUGGUCUCCCUCAUGAGGAAGCUCCUGACAGUGAAUCCUGAGCAUCGUUUCUCCAGCCUGUCUGACAUGCAGACUUCUCCCUACCUCGCUGACGUCAACUGGGACGCUGUGUUUGAGAAGAAGAUGGAGGCCGGAUUUGUUCCUAAUAAAGGUCGACUACACUGCGACCCCACCUUUGAGCUGGAGGAGAUGAUCCUGGAGUCACGCCCCCUUCACAAGAAGAAGAAGAGGCUGGCUAAGAAACCGUCCAGAGACAACAGCAAGGAUUCACAGUCUGAGAACGACUACCUACAGGAGUGCCUUGGUGUGCAGCAGGAGUUCAUGAUCUUCAACCGUGAGAGGUUGAAAAGGCGACAGGACGAAGGUCAGUCUGAGGCGGGGGGUGAUGAUGUGGGGGGUGAUGAUGCCAGCGGAGAUGGCGACGGCGAGGCUGAGGCAGGGGCAACAGAUGAUGACGCUCCCGAACCAGAACCCGAUCCAGAUCCAGAGCCAGAGCCAGAGCCAGAGUCCUCCUCCAAACUGAGCAUGUGCGGCUCUGUGUGCUCCUCCCCAGGCAGCUGCUAGCUAGCGUCACAUCGCCUCACAGUGACGCUCACAGGCCUCUCUGUGCCACGCCAACAGAUCGGAAUUCUCCUCCCUCCUCUGUCGUAGCCCGGAGGAGGAAACGUAACGCACAGCAGGACCCAAAAUGGCCCCCAUCAUUUAGCUACCCUAGUUUUUUUCUGUAGCAUCCUUCCGGUAAGGCAUGAAUAAAGCAGAGAGCCCCGCCUUCUUUUCCGUCCGCCCUAGAGUAAGCUCUAACUUCUAUGCAAUGUUACAGAAUAUAGCAUGAAAAAUAACAUACAGAAGGUGUUGAUCCCGAGCAGAGCGCUCCACAAGCAUGAUGACAUCCUGAGCAAUAGCAGUUUUUUCGUUAGGGGAUGGGGGGUUGUUGGUUUUUGUGAGGACACCCUCUCAGCCUUCCUGUUCUGAAUCUGAUGGGGACGACUGAAUAAUUCAGAGCAGGCAGGCACUCAGUCUGUGUUUCUGUCUUCACUCCUCCUCUCAGACUCUUUCAUGUCACAGUCGCUCCUCGUUUUCUCCUCCUGUUUCAGCAGCUUGGAGACACAGUCAAACGCUGCUUUCAUGUCGUCUGUUUAUAAUAAUCAGUAUUUGUUAGAGGGAUAGUUCAGGGUUCCUUUUAUGUGGGGUUGUGUGAAGUCUUAGUAAUCAUGAGUGUGUUACUGUCAGUAGAUGGGGAUCAGCACGACCCUUGUUUGGAGAAUCAGGCCUCAGCAAUGACACAGAGGAUUUGUACUAUGGUGCUGGUUCAGCUAAGCUGGAGCCUCGAGUCCAUGACACAUCAGCUGGAACCUGGAAGGUUUGACUCCCACUCUCGUCCCUUCUCCUCUCCAUAUGCACUGUAUUUCUUUAACUGUCCUUAAGGGCAAAAGCCCAAAAGUAUAACCUCUAAGAAGUUAUGGUACGCAAUGGCGUGGACUGGUUUUUAGCAAAAAAGUAACUACCCUUUGAAAAUUGAAAUAAUGCAAACAGUGUAAAUGAAAUUUAUCAAAUUUUAUGAGUAAACACAAAAACAUACUGUUAUAAAAAAAAGGUGUAUAAACACAGGAUAACUAUUUCUUAUAAAUCAAAUUAAUUUGGACUCUGCACAUGUUUUAGUUUUCAGAAAUUCAGAUUUUUAACGGCAUAGCAAAAGUAUUUGAUAGAUUUAUCUCCAGAAAUAGUCUCUUCAUUGAUUUUUAUUAAUCAAAUCAUUAAAUCAUUUCUUGUAGUGUAUUCAAAUUUGUAUCCCUAAAAUUUGUACAUCCUAAAAGUUACGCAAGUGUUUUUUCAAGAUUAAUUUGAACAUGAUUAUGCAAACCACAAUGUCCCACUGUCAGAUUGUGCUUUACACUUACUGUAUGCACAUUUCCACCCUUGUUUUGAACCACUUGUUACGUACACUAAUGAUGUAAACAACAAAUCAACAUGAUGACAACAAAGAUGGAGUUGUUGCUGUAAAGAAGCAUCUAGCCAUGACAGAUUUUAUUUGUACUUUGUAAGAAUUCAAACUAUAAAUAAAGCGUCCUGCUGGAGCUUUUUAAAAAGGGGAGAAACAUCAGACAGCUACGCAGAGAGGGGAAUAUUCAAAAUACAGUACUUUAACCAUCAGUGAAGGUGCUCAGUCAUCAGGUUAUCAUUGUUCAAAAAUUAAUCCAAAAGACUGUUGCACUUGGCUCAAGUUCUUGAAGACAUUUUUGCAUCUUAUCAACAACCAAGUCCAGCUGCCUGAUCAGAUAUAGAAUCACACAAUCACAGCUGACAUGAGACUUAUUUUAAGUGGUUUCAACAUAUUUGCUUAAAACACCGUCCACAGUGGUACAUAGCUAAGCCUCAGGGUCAGCACUCCAGCCAGCUUCUCUAAACAGGGGCCAUGCUGACUGUUAUCUUCUGUAUGUAAUACAAGUACUGAUAAGUUUUAAAACGUAGCUCGUACAACCCCAACACACAGAUUCAAACUAUCCUUAUAGUUACAUCGUAGCCAUGGAUUCAUUUUAGCUAAAAAAAAAAGUUGCCUAACCAUUUUUUAUCCUGCUUUUUUAAGGAUUAUCUCGUACUUUGAUUUAUGGGGAAUUAGUUCAGAAAUCCGAAUGAAAAGUAUCUGUGUCGUCUGUUACUGUUUCCUAAAUAUUAGUACUUCAGCUCCAUGCUCUGUUUGAUUCAGAAACUCUGCUGUGGGGAGAAAACACCGACCACCCACAGUCACAUCUGAUAAGGAUCCAUUAGAUAUCUCUUUAACUUCACUCUUCCUCUCUUUAAGUGCUCCGUUAGUAGCUGACACUCAUCAUCUCCCUGCAGAGCUUGUUUGGGGCUGUAUUACACGUGUAGCUGUUGGUACUUUAUGAGCUAGUCUCUUCUUACUGUCAUAGUGAUAGUGCUACAUUUUAGGUGGCACCAUUCAUCCCAGUGUGAACACCUGGGAACAUGUAGCAGAAGUCCACCUUUAAACCCUAAGGCCUAAUAAAAUAAAAACCAUGUAAAUAGCAAACAGUGUAGGUACUUAAACUCUCCACAGUUUUAUGUGGGACUGCGACAUACAAAGUAAAAGAAGAGCGGUGUGAAGCUCAGACUGCUUCGUUCUGCUCUUCUUUCCAAGUGUGCAGGCACAACUUGUAGGCAGAAUAUGCCAAAGCUUUUCUACCAUUUGCAUAACCAUUUCUAAGGAACUUUGAGUGUGUGAAUGUACGUCUUUUUCCCAGUAUAACAUAAAGUCAGUGUUCCUUCUGCAAUCAUUGAUAUGAUCAUGUUGUGGUUAUGUAUAAAGUAUCUAUUUCAGCUUGGGGGGUUAAGGUAAAAGUUAGACAUUUUGGGAAAUACGUCUUUAUGCUUUCUUUACAAUAAUUUUAGUGAAGCAGUCCUGUGCAGAAAGUAGAGCCAGAGCUGAGAGACAAUUAGCAGAGUUUUGCAUGAAGCCUAGGAGCCAGCCUGUUUGUCUGUCCAAGGGUCGGAAUUCUAAAUGAAAUAAAAGCCCCAAGCGGUGACAAAUGGACCCUCACAUAUUGCAGACUUGCUUAUAGAUGUGCUCAGGGUUGUACCUUGAUCAUGUAAAUAUGACAUUUCAAACAGAUCAAUGUUGUAUGAAGAAGUUAUGAUAACUUCCUGUUUCAAGGCAAGAUGUAGAAGUUUGUUGCCACCAGGGACCCACCCUUUAAUGAAAACUCACAAUGUUUACAAUAAUGCUUUAUGAAGGUCAACAGGCUUUCCUGACCACUUAUGGAAUCAAUAUGUUCAACAGAAGAAGUGUAAUGUUAAGUAUGUCAUUUGGAGGGGGCCCUUUGGCUUCAGGCAAGUAUUCUGUGCUGUUGUGUUCAGCCCAGGACUCAUAUCCUACGUGUACAUUUUGGACCAGAUCAAAAAUAUACAGGGGAGUAAAAACAAUUUAAAUUUUGGGGCGAAUUGCCAAUAAAAUAAAAAAAGAUUUGACCCCUGCCAAGGCCACACCCUUUGAGGUGCACAAAAUCCUUUUUCCCAUUACUUUUAAUCUUUGCUGUGUCUACAAUACACUGACUGUAUUUAGUGUUGAUAGGAGGAAAACCCUGGGUCAAGUUUGUAAAUCUGCCAAAACACAGCAGAAAAUGACAUUGAUAUACAUUUUUUGGACUUCUGUCAUGAUUUUACCAUGACUAAGGAGACAUUUAAUGUCGCUCUAGCAUGAUACAUAAAAUAACCAAUGUUCAUGCAUGUUGGUUGAACCCUGCAUACAUUUUUUUUUAACAUUUCUAGGGGGCAGUAUGGAGUCAUUUACCGCAAAGUAUUUUGUGAGACCAAUAAAAUAACGAAUUUUUCACCAGACCUGAUGCACAUGCAAAAGUUGGUGUUUUAUGGCAUGUUAAAGCUGCUGAAUUUAGUCUCAUUAAGGUACAGUGAGAGAGAGAGAGAGAGGGAAAAGAAGGAAAGAAAUUCCCGUAGGACCUUAAUUAAUGCUGUUUGGUGCUCUGGCCCUGGCUGAUUGUGUGUAAAUCCAUAUGCACAAAGUAGUGUCAUCACUAUCCAUUUCAGAGAUUACCGGAAAACACUGAAACAACUUGGUUAAAGGAGAAAUUGCCAGUAUGCUUAGCUAGAACGUCUCAGAACAUCAAUUAGCUAAGAAGCUUUAAAGUCAGAAACAUAAUUUACAGUUCUCUUAGAGUAUAUUCAAUUUGACAUUAUGGUUACUAGCUAGCUAACCAACCAAUCAACCAACCAACAAUGUCAUUGACCCAAAAUCAACAUUAAGAUUGUUUUAAUGAACGAGAUUGGUUUGGAUGUCAGCUUGUUGAAGAGCUUUAUAAAGGUCUUAUGUGGUGUCUGUAUAAACACUUGUGAAGCACUUAUUGUUGCCAUCAACACACAUCUAUCCACUCUUUAACAUCUCAAACUUCCUUAAGGCCCAGCAUGCUGUUGUCUGAUGAACAUUUAUCAUGUGUCUCAAGGUGUUUUGAAAGACUAAAUUUGCAUAAAACCUGAGAGCAAUCAGCACUUGAAGGGUGGGUCUGACACAUGUAGCUGUUGUUUACAGGAGAGCUCUUCCGUUAAUUGCUUGGCUUGCCUGUCAAAACAAAAUGUUACAAUCAACUCAUCGUCUGCGUAGACCUGCAGUGGGUUGUUCUGAUUACGGAUGACUCUUUCUCAUCAAAAUGCCUUUUUAUUUAUCAUUCUGUACAAAAGAUGUAUUGCCGUUGUUUUUUCUUAUUAGCUUUUUGACAUUUACUUUUUACAUUAGUCAUGACUUUAAGUAUGUUGUACCUUUCUUCUCUAGGUCUGAGGAAAUGUCACAUUAGACUCACAGACUGUACAAAACAUGGAAGUAGUCUCACUGCUGUCACCCAUUGGUUUAUGAGGAAGCCUUAUGAAGCCAGACGAUUGGGGCAGCCAUGUUGGAAAUGCUAUCUCAGCCUAGCUUCCUGUCAGUAUAGUCACAGGCAAAUACAGUGGAGCCUAGGCCUUCUGGCAAACAGUUAUAACCUGCCACCUGUCAGUCAAAUCAGCCAUGCCCUUAAUUAUGCAAAUUAAUUCAUACAUUUUAGCCAUAUAGUCAUAACAGAUGGGCAAUAACCUCCCCUUCAUUUGUCAUGAAUAGACAAAUGAACUGUCAAGACCAAAACAUUUUUUGGAACCAGGCUUUAGAGAUGUUUAUUUCUUGGACCUAAUGGGGAUUCCUCAGCUUUUGCAGCCAACCUCAAGUGGACACUUGAGGAACUGCACUGUUUUGCACUUUCACACUGGCUUCAUUUAUCAACUCUAGAGGAGCUAGCUGAUGGGCGCGGCUCCAGGUGGUGUAUUCAUGAAUGUGAUAAUAACAGAACUGUUACCAUAAUGGAAAAGAAUCAUAGCUUUGGAUAAAACAAUGCGUCAUCAGAUUUGGUUCCCAAAAGUAGGUGCACAUUUUCCGGAUGAGCAUUCUCCUAGCUAUUUGCAUCCGCUUCCAUUGUUCAUGCUAAGCUAGGCUAAUUACCUCCUACGUUCAGCCCAGAAAGCUAACACAGAGACUUGAAAAUGGUAUCAAUCCUCUCAGUCCCUCUAUGUAAGAAAAGUUAAAGGUGUAUUUCCCAAAAUCUCUCUAAACAUUAAACAGUUUAAUUAGAGUAAGGGGCUUCUUUAAAGGGACACAAAGUGGCAUCUUGAAGUCCGCCAAAUUUAAAUAUAUAUGAUGACUUAAGUCUGAAGCCCUGUGCUUUUUCUGCAUGAACCUUUACAGUAUAAGCUUGUUUUUGCCAAAGCCUGGAGCUUGAGCCUGAUUGGCUGAUCUGUGCAUGUACAAGCUUUGGGUGAGAGCACACCUCAGUGCUCACCUGACUAUAGACUCAGACUGUACCUGGCCUGCAUUCCUGUUUCUGGACAGUGAGUUUUGUGAACUUUAACCUGUACAAAAACCGUAUAAAUCCAGUGUUAUAUGGACGGCAUGAUAUUUUUAGAUGAUAUGCAGAACCUUUUGGCAUCCUGUGAGUGUCUUAACGCUUUGGUUACGUAUUCUUCAAGCUCGUACCCGUACUGGAUGAGUGGAACGAGGUGUGUGUGAUGCUCUGUUGUGAGUUAAGUGUUGCGUUGUUGUCUCUGCAGCAAAUAAAGAAUAUCUUGAUCUGGGGCAGGUUUUUAGCUUCUUCCUGAAGCAGAAUUGGCUGCAGUAUGAAAAAACUGAAUGUCUCCAUUUGUGGAAAAGAAAGCUCAGAUAUUUUUAAGACUUAUAAAAUCACUCUGCUUCAUACUAAUAUUUGUAAACCACUGAUUUUAACAGUCACAGGAGAGAACAACACUAAUCUGCAUUUUUCUUCCUUGAUAUCAGAGAUUUUCCUGACCAGGCCAUGCUUGCAAACCUCUCCAACAUGUUUCUCUCUGUGUUAAUGUUCUGGAUGCCAUUAGGUGUUUCAAAAUAAAGGCAUUGUGCUCGUGUUUGAUCAGCAGCAGCAUGUCUCCUAUUCUCCGCUGGAUGCUCUCGAGGCAUCACAUUACUGUAGAUGUCUUAACUCUGUGGAUUACAGUCUGAAUCUCAGUGCCCUGGUGAGAAAACAAAUCGAGCGGGAGAAAAAUGUGAUUUACGAUGCCACUCUUUUCCUCCUUGUGAUCCUAUUUUGCAUAAUGGUCUCGUGCUGCAGGAUAUUUUUACGGGGAGUCAGUGAAGCCUUGUUACUGUACUAACUGAAAUUGCUCCGUGUGAUCAAAAACAUGCUGCUUUAACUGCUUUGAUAAAGAAAUAAAUCUCCUUCCAGUA